GCGUAAGCCGUCAUUAUUGAACAUUGCGGCUCCUUUUGCCUCCUGCCAUGGACGUCGCAGCUCAUCGUUGGCUGCGCGUGGAGAUCGCCGCGGCCUCGACGGAGGAGGCGACUGCCUUGGCACAGGCGUCUACCGUCCAGCUGGCGCUGGCGGGUAUGUUAUUCGGUCUCAUUCACGUGCUCACGGGCCCCGACCAUCUCAGUGCCUUGGCCACACUGUCUGCCGGGUCUUCGUGGCGUUCGUUUGCGUUGGGAAUCCGCUGGGGAUGUGGCCACAGCAUCGGACUGGUUAUCAUGGCCAUCAUCUUCAUCGCAUUAGAUGGAAAGCUCGAUUUUUCGGUGCUUAACGUGGUCACAGACGUGCUUGUGGGCGUCUUCAUGAUCGGACUGGGUGUUUAUGGCGUGCACGAAGGCGUCAAGAAGUCUAGACAAAGCAGACGACGAGGUGCCAGUCGAAGGAAACGAAAAAAUGCCAAUGACAAAAAGAAGAAUGCAAACUUACAGGAUAGUGAGAGCGAAGAGGAAGAGGCGAGUGAAGGCACCGAGACAGAGACCGAAACCGAGACGGAAUCUGUUGCAACUCCGAGUCGCACUCUGCUGAAAGAAGGAGAAGCCAAGUCGGAUGACGUGGUGGUAAAGUUUAGCGAUGACGAGGAGGUCUCUGCGCGACGUAGGAGGCUGGAGGCGCUGAAGAAAUCCAAACAAGAGGAUAGCGACAGUGAAGACGCAGUGAUGGUUGAUGUGGAAAUCUCACCGAGGAAAUCGAGACCGCACUCGGCUAGUGUGGACACGAUUUCGCUGGAGAACAGUCCGUGCGAGAGCGUCGUAGCCCUGGAAGAGCUGCUGUCGGAGCGAAGCCAAUCUAGCGAAGAAGCGGACGCCGAUGUCGCCGGCACCAAGCGUGAUACUGGGCCCAUGUGCUGCGGCUUCAAGUUGCCUACUAUUGAUUUCCAGAACGCCCAGACGCAAAAGUGCACUGCACUAUUAGUGGGAAUUGUGCAUGGUAUUGCGGGACCUGGUGGCAUUCUCGGCGUGUUGCCUGCGGUGGGGCUGCAUGACACAGUCAAAUCAUGCACAUAUCUGGGCUCCUUCUGUAUAACGUCUAUCGCGACAAUGGGCGUAUUCGCUGCGGCGUACGGCGAGGCCACUGGUCGACUGGGCGAACGCUCGGAGCUGCUGGCUUUCCGCAUUUCUAUCUUCUCGUCCAUGCUCUCAGUGAUCGUGGGAGUGCUCUGGUUAGUGCUAGCUGCUGUUGGCAAGCUGCAGGAGGUCUUCGGCUGAAGAGAAUAGUGUGUCCAUAGGCAACACAAGGUACUGAAGAGCUUGAGAGAAGAUUCAUACAGAUUCAUGUCGUUUGUGCGUCGUAAUUACAGCCCUCUCCUUCGGCCAGAGUUGAGCUUGUCAACUGUCCACGUGUUUCUUAUGGCGUCACUAUUGACAAUCUUCGAAGCCUUAUAUAGGCCUGACAUGGCCCAAGCCACUCCGUUUUAAGCCCACUUGA